AGUUGGGAAUCAUCAAAUACAUAGUUUCCAAACUGCAAAAGAUGUACCUCAAACUAGGAAUAGUUGCCACUCUGUUGACAUUGCACUCUUUGUGGCAUUGCGGGGAAAUUGUGAUCAAAUCGUAAUUCAAGACGGGGCUACUUUCUGGCACUAUUUUAACACAUCUCGAGCUUCAUUUAAAACUGCCACCUCUCCAGAAGAAAUUGGUCUUCACGGUCUCGCCGGAUCACAAAUCUGGUUUAUUAAAUCGUACCAACCAACCGACAGUAAUAUCGACUUUAGCGCGUCGUUCGAUUUGCCAAGAUGGAUUUGUAAAGGGACCCAGGUUCAGAUUAAUAUUCGGUACUUUAGCUCACUCGCGUCAGUCACAGUGUGGCCCGUGGUGGACAAAAAUGCCACCCACGGGGGAAGCAGCUAUGGCAGCUUGACCGACUUUAACGGAGGAUGGGUCAGUUUUGUGGCCGAUAUCGAUAUUGACAGGAGCGAACAGCUCGUGAUCGAUGGAGUAAUAAUGCCAAUGGGUCAUUUCAUGCUGGACGAAAUAAUUUUCUUGUACACUGGGGGAAACUGCUUUGAUGACGGCAGAACCACCGGACAUCCUACGACACCCAGGACCACAUAUUAUUGGGACCAAUAUUCCACCACUGAUAUGCCAACCACUAGUGAUGAUUGUCACGAAGUUCUACCAGAACCUUGUGGAAUUAAUUUGAACCCAGGUGGUAACGCAGUUCGAAACGGGGUCUGCCUUCCGGGAGGACAGUGCGAACUCAGGGAGGGCGAAAAGGACGGGGAUUGUGUUGAUGGAUUUGGAGAAUGUUGCAAAUUUACAGCAAGCUGCACUUCUACUCAGCAUAAUGUCACCAUUUAUGAAGAAGUCGUUACGCUGAACACACACCAACCUCUGGAUACCGACUGCAUUUAUGAGAUACGAAGGAAAAGCGACAAAUACUGCGGCGUUAAACUUGAUUUUGUCGCAUAUAAUUCUCAACAUGCCGAUGACAAUGGGAUAUGCAGCAGGGACAGCAUUACGAUUCGUGGCACCAGCACAGUUCCUGAUGGAUUUGUAACGUGUGGAGAUCUUACAGGUCAACACAUGUACCUCAACUUCAACAAGGCCGGGUCGAUCGAGAUUCUCCCCUCUUUUACGACCAUGGGCGGAGGGUCGUACCAAAUUGUAGCGUCACAAUAUGGCUGCGUUUCACCCUUGAGGCCACCAGACAACUCGUGUCUGCAGUAUUUUAACUCGACUCGUGGCGUCGUCAAAAGUUUUGGCUACCCAGUCCGUCAGCAAAGCUCACAACAAUACACGGUCUGUGUGGGAGGGUCAAACUCGCGAUCAAUUACGUGGCGACCCUGUUCCGCAGCCAACGCUGAGAUGAAGGACCCUCCCUUCAAAAUAGCCAGCAAUCCAAACGGACCCGCGUCGCCUGAUUGGAUCUGUCGUCCCGAUCGGGACUGGGUUCAAGUUAACGGAGCUAAUCAAAUGUGCAAACCUAGCGAUAUUCCAGGGAAUGGGAUUAAAUCCUCCUUCACUCCGUUCCUGCUCAACGUCAAUUUCAACGAUGUUGAGAAAGCCGAGCUGCCUUGUACAGAAGAUAUCAUGAGAAUGCCAGAAACUGCUUGUGUGCCUGACUUCACAGCGCCUCCAGCUGGUAUAGUACCUCCUUGCGUAGUGUCCAUGUAUGAUGAAUGUUUCUGGAAUGCCACUGCCACACCCUCACCCGGGCGUUGUGAGUGUGACCCGAAACCAGCCACCAUUGCCGGGCUUGAAUGGGAUAUUUAUAAUUGGGGAUUUUGCUUGGAGUAUACGCAGAGUAGUAGAAAAUAAACCGUAGUAACGUUAGAAGUAGCUCACCUGCAAUAAUCAUUUGAUAUAAAUUUACACCACACAGGUGCAGAAUAAGCCGACAAAAUAAGUGCAUACGUGUAAUCAGAGCUGGGAAUUAAUCGAGAUUAAGCAAUGUAUUGGCAUUAUAGAGAUUAAAAUUAAGAUUAAGAUUAGACAUUUAAACACAUUGGUUAAUCGCGAUUAAUUCCCAGCUCUGCGUGUAAUACAAUUUUGCACCAUUGGUGCAGAGUAAUCAGUGAAAUUAGAUAUAUUGUAAUCGUAUAAUCUUGCACCAAUAAUGUAGGAUAACGCGAGAAAAUAAAUAUUUACUUUUGAUGAAAUUUAGACUUUUGGCACGACUCAAUUAAAUCGUGAUAUCAAUUUUUUAAAUUAUUUCUUCCAGUUAUUCUUCACUAUU